GCCUUAGUGGGGGCGACGUACCCAUGAUUCUUAGGGCGCCGAACGUCUCGUUCUCUUUCUCUUGAUUUGGUGGAAAGGUUGGUGGAAGCAACCACCAUGGCACCAAAACGCAAUAACAUCAUUCCCAAUGGGCAUUUCCACAAAGACUGGCAGCGAUAUGUCAAAACAUGGUUUGAUCAGCCUGGACGCAAGAAACGCAGACGUGUUGCAAGGCAAACCAAGGCGGCGAAGAUUGCCCCCAGACCUGUGGCCGGCUCUCUGCGCCCUAUUGUAAGAUGUCCCACCUUCAAAUACAACACAAAGGUCCGAGCUGGCCGUGGCUUCACCUUGGAUGAGCUUAAGGCCGCUGGCAUUCCCCGUAAAGUUGCACCAACAAUUGGUAUUGCGGUAGAUCACCGGCGCAAGAACAGAUCUGCUGAGUCUCUACAGGCCAAUGUUCAGCGCCUGAAGGAGUAUAAGAGCAAGCUCAUUGUCUUCCCCAGAAAGGCUAACAAGCCCAAGCAAGGAGACAGUGAGGCUGCUGACUUGGCCAACGCAGUCCAGCUGCAAGGGCCAGUGAUGCCAAUCCCGCAGGAAAGUGUACCAAUCAAGGCUCGACCAAUCACGGAGGACGAGAAGAAAUUCAGCGUCUUCAAGACGAUGCGAAUCGAGCGUGCUAACGCUCGCCUCAUUGGCAUCAGAGAGAAGCGAGCCAAGGAGAAGGCAGAAGCAGAGGCAAUGAAGAAAAAGUGAUUGGGAAUUGGAAAAUAAACUGUAUUUACAGAGAAAA